AUGGGAAGGGGAGGUGAGCAUCGCCGGACAGCAGGCGGGACCUCGGUGCCCCUUCCCGCCUCUCCCGACAACCCCGCGCCGCGAACCCUCCUCCACCUGCGCGCGAAUCCUCGUCGCUGGGGGACCGGAGGGGGUGGGGGCACGCGAUCCGGCUUGAGCAGUGGGGCGGAGGAGGUGUCGCGGGUCCGGAACGCGGCGCUGCUGGCCGGGGCGAGCUGCCUGUGCUACGGCCGCUCCCUGCAGGGCGAGUUCGUGCACGACGACGUGUGGGCGAUCGUGAACAACCCCGACGUGCGGCCCGGCGCCCCGCUCCGUUGGGGCAUCUUCAGCAACGACUUCUGGGGCAAGGGCAUGGCCGAGAACACCAGCCACAAGUCCUACCGGCCGCUCUGCGUCCUCACCUUCAACGCCUUAUCUGGAGCGGUUCCUGAGGUGCCGGCUGGUGAGUGUGGAAUGGAGCUUUCCCUAGAGUCGGCGCUCUCGGUGGCUUUUCCCUAGGUGCGGGGCUGGGACACAUCAACA